UCACCACUUUCAACCAUAGGCGCAUGACAGCAAUACUGGGUAGUCAUAACCUUAACAACUAUGAAGCUUCCAGGCAGGAAAUAGCUGUGAGCUGGAUGAUCCCCCACGAAUUGUAUGAUAACCAGACCAAGCAAAAUGAUAUCAUGUUGCUGCAGCUGGAACGGAAAGUCAUGAUAACACCAGAGGUGCAACACAUCAAAUUUUCAAGAGAUUGUGCAAACAUCUGGCCUGGAAUGCCCUGCUCGGUGGCAGGAUGGGGUCUUACUUUCACAGGUGGACCAGGCAGUAAUGUGCUCAGAGAAGUGGACGUGACCAUCCAGAAUAUCUGCCGAUCUGAACAACGCUUCAACCUGAGGAGGGGGACAGUAUUCUGUGCAAGGGCCCUGGAAUCAAGGGGGCUUGUAGUGGAGACUCAGGAGGACCGCUUGUCUGUAGGAACGGAUGGAAUGAGCCUUUAGCUGUGGGCAUCGUGUCUUUUCGGAAUACUAAAGAAUGUGAAGAUCCUGCCCGUGAGGAUGUCUACACCAAUAUCUGCAUGUUUUGGCCUUGGAUUCAAAGGAAAUUGUAUGGUAUUGCUGCUGAGUGAUCUGAAUAUGAGCCAUUCAGUGCCAAUGUGCCCUCAUCUAUGACCCGGCAAUCACUGAAGAGAGAAAGAGAAGGGGAAAAAAAGUGCUCACUAUGGGCUAAAGGUGGUGCUUUCUAGCAGCAAAGGACACUAGCAGUCCUAAUCGCUUUGCAGCUUCAAUAAAUUCAGUUGUCAAACAAGA